AUGCACCACCACCCUAUAGCCCACGAGUUUUCGCGCCACCUCAUCAGUCCCAUGUCUCACGAGGGUUUCGCCCCACCCCGGGGCACACAAUCGCACAAACGUCCCACUCCCAGCAGACCCAUCACGUCACCCAUCACCAGGACCAUCUGGCACCGUUCAGCAACAAAUUCCGCCGGACCGAUCCUUGAGCCGUCUCCACCAUGGGCACACUACACAACCAAGCACAUCUCCCAUGCACCCACGCUCGGCCACGCCUCCCUCCAGCCCACCACCAUCCCCUGGACAUUACCACACCCACAACCCACCGGGCCAACGGCAACCUCGGUACAAGAUUCGGACCAGCAUCCCACCCCACUGGGACAGGCCUCUGUCCAGCCAAUGGAAACCAUAGGACAGGCCGCGUACCGGGCCACCUCAUCCGCCAAGUCAGUUACCCACCCCUCUACCAAACGCCCACACUCCGAAGUUGAUCCAGACUUGAACCUCGCUUACCCCUCCUUCACGAUACCACCAUCCAAACGCCACCAAGCUAUGCUCUACCCGCCUACCCCGUCCUACCAGCCAGAUCCACCCGACCCUACACAGCACUCGCAGGACUCCACCGACCCACCCUCACACGAGGAAGACCUUGACGAAUAUGAUGCCAACACUGCCCUCCAAUUCCCAGCCGUCCAGCUCCACGUACUCAUGGGACGCACACGUACCACGGCGGCACUGCAAUGUCCGGACUGUGGCCGCCUGGAUCACCAGGGCAAACCAUGCGAUCGCUUCACCUACCUUGACCCCCGCGAUCGGGCUCGCAGCAAAUCGCGACAUAAAUCCACUCCCCGUGGCCCCAAGAGUCCGGGAGCACCCCCGACUACGGACCUCGUCCCACACCUCCGACAGGAACUCUCCACAUACGUGGACCACCGUAUCGUCCAGGCCACAGCCCCACUCCAGGAGGAAGUUGAUACCCUCCGCGCGGAUAAGGAGGCCCUCACAGCCUUAGUAUCUGCCACCAAACGCCGCCUCCGUGAGGCUACCGAACACCAACAAUCCGAGGACCAACGCAAGUUGACGGAAGCGCAAAACCGCCUGCAAACCACCAUCACCCAACAGGGCACCCACCAAGAGGCAAUGGCCGAACGCCUCCCCAUCAUCGAAUCCAGCCUACGCACACUUAUACAGGCCAUGCAGAGCGUCUCCUCCCAACUCGCUGGCCUCGCCGCCCUCGGCACCCCAGCGACCAGAAUACCAGCCGCGUACCCCGCCCAGCCUACGCUAACGCCCUCUCCCUCCGCCCCGGAUGGUCCCGUUCCACUGAACUAG